GGAGUGAGGUGCUCACACCCAAAGAGCUCCAAGAAUAUAGACAUACGCCUUGACACAGUCACAAGGGAGAGUUUAAAACUCUGAAUUCUGCUUUGGUUGCGAAACAGCACUUUCUGAUGGUGAUGGCUGGUGAAUUAUCCUAAACCCGAAUUGCUCACUCCUCUGUCAAUAGUAAGUCAGCUGAAAAGUGAACAAACAGUUCCGUGCUCCUGGGGACCGGCUCCAAGUGCAGCUGUAUGCAUGUAUGUGGAUGAGGCAAUUUGAUGCAGCCGAGAACAGGACAGAACCAUCUAACCUAAGGAACAACUUUGGGUUUUUUAAGCACGAUUCUGUAGCGAGGAAGGGAGGGAAGGACAGCUGACAUCAUUGGGGGCGGGGCCGCAGUCCUAAGAAAAGUCGGCAGGACUGGGGAGACUGCAACUGUGGGGCUCAGUCUCAGCAUGGGCUACCACAACCGCUCGGAGCUCCAAGACCUGGGCUGCUCCAGCCAGCUGCUCCUUCAGCCACUCUGGGACACCCUAAGGAGCGGAGAGGGGUUCGCGCGCUCACCCUUUUUCCCGGUCGUCUUUUCCAUCAUCACUUACGUGGGUUUCUGCCUGCCAUUCGUGGUACUGGAUGUCCUGUGUCCCUGGGUGCCCAUGCUACGACGCUACAAGAUCCACCCCGACUUCUCGCCAUCCGCGAGGCAGCUGCUGCCCUGCCUGGGGCAGACGCUCUACCAACACCUGGUGUUCGUGUUCCCCGUGACGCUGCUACACUGGGCUCGCAGCCCCGCGCUCCUGCCGCGGGAGGCCCCGGAGCUCUUGCAUCUCCUGAGCCACGUCCUGAUCUGCCUGCUGCUCUUCGACACCGAGAUCUUCGCGUGGCAUCUCGUGCACCAUAAGGUGCCCUGGCUGUACCGCACCUUCCACAAGGUGCAUCACCAGAACGCGUCCUCCUUCGCGCUGGCCACGCAGUACAUGAGCGUCUGGGAGCUGUUUUCGCUGACCUUCUUCGACGUGCUGAAUGUCGCGAUGCUGCAGUGCCACCCACUCACCAUCCUUACCUUUCACGUGGUUAACAUCUGGCUGUCGGUGGAGGACCACUCAGGCUACGACUUCCCGUGGUCCACUCACAGACUUGUGCCCUUUGGCUGGUAUGGGGGUGUGGCUCAUCACGACCUGCAUCACUCGCAGUUUAACUGCAACUUUGCUCCAUACUUCACACACUGGGACAAAAUGCUGGGCACCCUGCGUUCCUCGGGCUCCCCAGAGCCGUGCACUUUACAUUUGACCCAGGAAAAGAAACAGACUUGAGUUAUUUUUCUCAGAAGCAAGUAAUUUAUUAGCCGACGAACAUUAUACAACCUGAUGUGUUUCUGCAAUCUGACAAAGUAAUUUAUAUGUUUGUGUAUCAAUUUAAGUGUAGUCUUGGUGUCAAAAUUCAACUCACUCCAAUGUCAUUGACUUCGGGACAUAAGUUAGACACUCGGCAUGGUGUAUUUGAAUCAUUAUGAUCUCUAGAAUGAUUUGUCUGUAGAACCAAGACUUCCCUACGUCUGAAAUCACACUGAAACUGGGAUAAGGCCUGAUUUCUGACUCUUUAAUUAAUCCUACUUGUUCCUGCUGGGCAGUGACCAAGGUUAUGGUAUUUUUUCUAUUUUUGAAUGAAAGGAUUUAUUUAUAUUGAAAUAAUUUUAUUUGUACUUUAAAAAUAAAAAGAACAUGAGCAAACCAA